AUGGCUUGCGCCGGCGAGUACGGCGCCUCGGUGAGGAUUAUGAUCAGCUACGGCGGCGCGAUCGUCCAGGCCGACGGCAAGGCGGCGUACUACGCCGGGGGCGCCCACCGCAUCGUCAAGGUCGGCAUGUCCGAGCGGCUGUCCGACCUCCGCGCGAGGAUGGCGGCGCUCGCCGGCUGCUCCGACGUGUUCGUCCGGUACGCGCUCCCGGGGGAGGGUCUCGGCCGGCUCCGCGACGUGGCGAACGACGGCGACCUGUGGAGCCUCGUCUCGCUGCAGCUCUACUACCACGAGGUGUCCAAGCCCGGCCGCGUCAGGCUUUUCUUGUUCGGCAUCGACGCGACGCCGAGGACUCCCGCGCCGCCGCUCCGGGGCGCGUCCGCGUCGUCGUCGUCGCCAGCAUUACCCGCAUUGGUGGAGGAGGGCGACACGACGCCGGCGUCUGGCGGUGCCUGUGCUGCUCCUCUGACACAUGGCAUGCCCCGCACCGCGUCUUCACCGGCUAUGGCGACGUCGUCGGGGGGCACCGCCGUGAGGAUGAAGGUCAGCUAUGGCGGGGAGAUGAUCCAGCGCGACGGAUCAGCGGCGUCGUCGUACUACGCCGGGGGAGUUCACCGGAUCGUCAGGGUCGGCCUGUCCGAACGCCUCGCCGAGCUCCGCCCGCGGCUGUCAGCGCUCGCCGGCUGCCCCGACGUCCGCAUCCGGUACGCGCUCCCGGGGGAAGGGUUCGGCGGCGGCCUCCGCGACGUGUCCAGCGACGGCGACCUGUGGACCCUCGUGUCGCUGCUCUUCUUCCACGAGGCGGUGAUCACCUCCACCCCCAAGCAAGGCCGCAUCCGCGUGUUCCUCUUCGGCGGCGUCGACGCCCCCGCGGCCGCGGCGCCGCUGAUCAGGCGGGGCGUGUCGUCGCCGCUCUUGCCGACGCUGGUGGAGGAAGACGGGGACGGCGACACGGCGGAUGAUACAACUCCGACGGCAGGUGGUGACACUGUCACGACCCAGGGGAUGCGGCGGAGCGUCUCGUCCCCGGCGCUCAUGGCGACGUCGUCGUCCGCCGGUGCAACUUCCGCUUCUGCACCCGUCAGCUCGCGAGACACACCGGCGAUGGUGCAGUUUGCCCCGGUGGUGUUUGUGCCAGUGAUGCCGGCGGCGAUGGUGGUGUGUCCGGUGAUCCCCGUGUAUGCGAUUCGCGCGUUGGGUUAUUGAGUGUUUCCUGCUGCCAAACUGGCUUAUGUAGUAAAAUCAAGUUGAUUUUGUACAUUCAAAAUUAUCUAUUAGUAUUAUU